UAAUAAAUAAAGCUAAGGCUUGUUAUUUUGAGUUGAUGUUGGAUGGGCAGGUGUAUGUCUGCCUGUUUUCAUUCGGUUUUGCAGUUAAGAUUUUCCUGCCAUCACGUCGUCUAUUGUCUGAACUCGGGAGGGAGUGUAAAGCUGUAAGGAAGCUGCUAUUAUCCUCUGUUGCACAGAGACAGCUUGGUAUGGAUGUUAUUUGUGAUUUAAAGUGAGUCCCAUUUUGCACCUGUGGAGUUUUGCAGCAGACUCUGUAGAGAGUUAGCAGAUCUGCUGACAGGCCUGGUGGAUGAGCAGCUUUCUGGCGUCAUGCUGAAUCAGAACAGCUUUGUAUUUUUGGAGUGCAGCUGAAGGGGGCUGGACCAUCCCUUGCCUCCCGGCAGGUGUUCCUACGUAAAUGCUGUGGACGGCGUGGAAAUGCUGCCAAAGCCCAGAAAAGCCCUGACCAUCCACGAGAUCGCAGCACUCGCCUGGUCGUCGCUCUACGGUAUCUCCCAGGUGGUGAAGGAGCACGUGACCAAGCCCACUGCCAUGGCCCAGGGUCGGGUGGCUCAUCUGAUUGAGUGGAAGGGCUGGUGCAAGCCUGUGGAGCCUUUCAGCACACUGGAGUCUCACCUCACUUCCUACCGCCACCUCAGUGAGGGAGAGCAGGAAGCACGCUUUGCUGCAGGUCGGUGCUCAUGCUCCUCAGGGGUAGCUGAACAGUUCGCCAUCGCUGAGGCUAAGCUGCGAGCCUGGUCUUCCGUGGAUGACGAUGAUGAUGAACCCAAUGAAGACUUGCAUGAGGAAGGCUUCUCCCCUGAAAGUGAGCUUCCACAAAAUAUCCAGGUCGAAGGCCCAGCCCCAUCAGAGAGCCCACUAAACACCCGUUGUUCCAGAUUCCACAGCUUUGAGGUUCAGCUCCAGGGCCACACCCCUGAGGCCCCCGCUUCGCCCACCUUACCUGCAUACUUUGCAUCUGAAAUCCUGGCCGCACUGCAGGGAGCUUGCGCCCCUUCCAGUCCAGCUGAUGAAGACUCUUCUUCUUCUUCCUCACCUUUGGCAUCGUUGAUAGAGACUGAAUAUCUCCCAGAACAUGAUGGAAGCAGAGAGAUAUCUGCUAUGAGCUUGUUUGAGGUGAUCCCUCUGGAAGAAAAAGUGGAAGAGGGGUGAUAUCAUCUCUGAUUCUUCUCUCUUCACCAGGUGUUGCUCAGCUUAAUGUAACAUUCCCUCUCUGGUAUUUAGCAGUACCCAUAACAAUUCACACGCAUCCAGCCUGCAGUCUCAACAUGGUCUCACCCCAACCUUAAUCCCAGCUCGACAUAACCGUGACCAAAUUCCUCUUGCCAUCCCUGUUUAGCAUCCUUACACUCCAUCCACGCACAUGUGGAGGUUUGUGCGGAUGAGAAUGACCCGCCUAGGAGACGGAACACCGACGUGCUUCUCCCGCAAGUGACCUGGCUUGGAGUUGAGUUUUUAUUUCUGUGUAUCCUGAACACCCUCAGCUUAUUGCUCCACUCCAGAGAGAUGCUGUUGUGUGGAAUCUCUUCCCCCAUGCCGGAAGGAUACCAGUCCCAGUAUGAUGCACUGGGAGAUUUACCAGCCUGCUGAAACGUUCUUACAGACCAGGUUACAUCUUUCUCGAGUAUUUCUCUACAGAGAUCUACUUUUAUUGCACUAGUUUUCUACCAUUAAAAUGUUGUUCUGGUAAUUAUUACGGCUUUGAUUUUCAUUCUGGUGUCAUAUUAUGUGAUGGAUGACAGGAAUUUGUUUUUCUAAAAUGAUGAAUGUCAUCGAAGGUCAGACCCUUUGAGGUGUAAUACGUAUGGAAAGAUUUUUGGAACUGUAGAUGAAAUAAUCAUGAAAAAAACUGAAUAUUGUGUAUUUGUGUUAAUACAGUAAAGUUGUACCAUCAUU